AACCGGCGUCAGUUGAUAAACAAACCGUUCAUAGGAAGCACCACCAUGGACAAAUCCGAGAUCAAGUCAUGCGUGGUGGAGAACUGCGGCGCCAACUCGGAACAGUGUCCGUACCUGUUCUUCCUGAAGGUGCCCCAGAACAUGGAACGGCGCGUGCUCUGGUGCGACGCGAUGGGCAUUCCGGUGCGCAAGGGACGCUUCUACUGCUGCACGCGCCACUUUGACAUUCCGGGCGACUUUGACGGGGACUCGGCCGCGGACAAAUCCAGCGGCGUUCGGCUGAAGCUCAAGUGCGACGUGCUGCCGCACAAAAGCAUCCCGUACCAGGAUGAAGUUCGCAACAUUUACUCGAUUUACAACCAAAUGCUGAGAACCGGUAAGAUUGAGAGAAAUUACAAAAGCCUGUUGCCUGCUAUCGAGCACGACCUGAACGUAAAGGUACCUCUGAACAUCAAAGCUGAAGUGUUGAACAAAACCUAUCAGUUCGUUAUCGAUGAAGUAACGAACUACUUCAAAAACCAUGAGAAAACAAAGUCUCGGUAUCAGCUGGUGCAGCAUUUGAAAAGUUGUCGCGAUCGUCUAGCUGUAAUAGCUAACGAGAAUUUGCAAUGCGGAACGCUGCAGGCCACACUGCCAUACCGGAACAUUCAACCCUUUCUCCAGUAUGAGGCCACCGCAUCGCUGGAUUUGCCCAUCGAUCACAAACAGCUCGAGCUGCUUUACUUUGAGUGUGAACCGAACCACAUCAAGGUUAUGGUUCGACCACCGAAAAAGGAACCAACCCCAAACCGAGGUGAAAACAACGUCGAUCAAGACCUCUUCUUCACACCGGGAGUUCGCGUGAACUUGGUUCUACCCUUUCUGGAAGUGUCACGGUCGAUUUUGUCCAACUCCGAGAAGUACCUGGUGGACGGCAGGAGCACCCUGAAGCCAUCGGAGUUGAAGCCCAACGGGCUGGAGAAGUUCCAGAAGGUUGACAAACCAUACCGUCUCAAAUCCGCCAAAGUCGGCCAGAACGCCACGCUGGAAUACCUCGACAUUUUGGUGCAGCUUUUCGAAACGUACGAAUUUAUGCUCAACCAACGGUCGCGCUCGACGCUCAUCUUCCUGCUGAAGCAAAUCCGUCAGGAGUUUGAAGAGUACGAAAUGACCGAACUCAACGUUACGUACGCGUUCUACCUGUCUGCGUUCAAGUACUUCCGCGUCAUCAAUGACGACAUCAAACCGAACCGCACGGACCAGGACGAUUACAUGUACAUCAAAGAGGUCCUGAACCCGGAAGUCAACUUCCACCUGAACACCGCCAUCGGGAACGAAAGCAACAGCCUCAACAAGAUCGAGGACUACUUCCGCCCAAUCCUGGACUAUGUCAACUCGGAAAACGGCUCCAAAGACGGCGAAUCGUACCUCAAGUUUUCCGACACGCUGAAGAAGGCCAUCACGUACACCUGUCUGGAUUGUAACAACACGUUUGAUUCGGUGCUCGCCCACCUGGCCAUUCGGGAGCAUCUGUACUGUGGCGGGAAAAAGUGGCGCUGCGUCAACUGCCGCACAAAGUUCAAGCAGCUCGAUAUCGCCACAAACAAGUGGCGUCACGAGUGCGUGGUGCGGAUGAAGUAGUGCGGAUUAGCAGUUCGCGGAUCAGUUUUCAGGAGAUUCGAAGCUCCAAUAAAUUUCCAAGUAUAAUUAUUUUGAUUGAACGUUUUUCAAAUGCCCUCUAAAAACUAAAAAGCAAAUCAAUGUUAGAAGUCGAAAAUAUGAAAAAUACGAGCAAAAUAAACAAAAUAAAAUUA